AGACGAGACUGUGGUUAAUAACACCAUCAUCUAUCUUAUCAAACUAGGAAAAACUGAUGAUGAAUUGCCUGAGCAUCUUUUGACUCCAGCACCACCUACCUCACUGACAACAGUAGAACAUGAAGAGAAAACAACUCCUGGUGUCAUAAAGAACCAAGAUAUCACUACAAACACAACAGUGCCAAAUCUUCUUUUAAAUGUUACUUCAAUGCUACCAAGUUCCCAGCACAAAACUGAGAAUCAGAGUUCAAUCAAAACACCAGAAGUGCCAGGUACCACUCAACUGCCAGAUGCCUCACCUAAAACCACCGCAUCACCCUCGGCAUCACUAACAACUCCAAAAAGCACCUCGCACCUUCAGAACACUGCGGAUGGGAAGGUCACUCCAUUAGCCAACUCGCCUUACUCUGAUGUUCUUUUGCCUGUGGUCAUCGCGCUGAUUGUCAUAACACUCUUGGUAUUUACUCUAGUGGGUUUGUAUCGGAUGUGCUGGAAGAGAGAACCAGGAGCUCCAGAAAACGGGAAUGAUCAGCCUCAGUCGGAUAAAGAGAGCGUGAAGCUGCUCACUGUUAAAACAAUCUCUCACGAGUCUGGUGAGCGCUCCGCACAGGGGAAAACCAAGAACUGACAGCUGGUGGAUCCUCCCUAUACCUGGGCAAUACAUAUGUUUAAUCUUCAGCUUCCAAGAUGAAGGUGGAGAGGAGAGAGUCCCGAGAAACCAAUGCCAACUCACAGUCUCCUCGCCAGUCUGCACCAGCUGCCCGUCUCAGCAAAGGAUGGACAUACUACAACCCGACAGAAACAUAAAGUCUUCUAGAUAUCUCCUGUCUGAGACAUUAGAAAAUCAAAUGACUCUAGUUUUCAGGGACAUUUCUAGGUGGAACUUCUGUGAGCAGUGACCCCUCAGCCCAGGCAGGUGGGCUCCCGGGAGACAAGUCAUAGCUGAGUUUAGAGUUUCCAGGGCUUACAGCCUUGAUCCAUGGAGACCUACCUGUAUUCUUUGUGUUCUCAUAUUAGUUAGUGUUAGUAUUUAUUGUUUCCCACUAUGUUAAUGCAGGGAGAUUUUGAAAGUGUGAUGUCAGAUGUUAAGUAGAAAUCAUACCAUGUUCCUCUGUAAGACAGGUAUGUUAUUCAUGUUUUCAUGUGUUACUUUAAUAAGUGAUGGCUGUACUCAGCACAUUAAACAUUACAUCAUGA